CUGAAGCAGCUGUAGCAACCAUGGGCUACUCCGUGAACAAGCUCGCCUCGGAGCUCUUGGCCGCCGCCGAGCCGACGCCGUCAACCCGCCUCCCGCUCUCCUCCAUGGACCGCAUCGCGGGGAUCAGGUUGAUGAUCGACCUGAUACUUGUGUUCGAGAACGGGCUGCAGCCGGCGAAGGCCAUCAGGGCGGCGCUGUCCCGUGCUCUCGUCCUUUACUUCCCCGUCGCGGGGCGGAUCGUGGAGCCGAUCCCCGGUGAGGCCGAGGUGGAUUGCACCGGCGAUGGCGUGUGGUUCGUCGAGGCCUCCGUGGAUUGCAGUCUCAAAGAUGUUAACAACCUGGAACGCCCUCUCCUGCUGCCUAGGGAGGAUCUCAUCCCCUAUGCCCCCCCUGACGUGAUCGAGGGAGACUUGACCUUC